AUGAUGGAGAGCAUUGAGGAGGAUUUCGUCCAUUCCCAAUAUGGCCAUGGAUACUUUGCGGAUGUGGAUGCUAUUCGUGAACAAGAGUACCCUCUUCUCAAUGGAACAACUUAUCUGGAUCACGCCGGAACAACGCUCUAUGCAAAAUCGUUGAUCGAGUCAUUCUCGGGUGAUAUGAUAUCCAAUCUCUUCGGAAAUCCCCAUUCGAUGUCUGUAUCAUCACAUCUGUCUACAAAGCGGACAGAAGACGUGCGACUCCGGGUACUCCAGUUCUUCAAUGCAAGCCCCGAUGAGUUUGAUGUGGUUUUUGUGGCGAAUGCGACAGCAGCUAUCAAGUUGAUCGGGGAGACUUUUCGAGAUUCUGACCGCAGAGGGUUUUGGUAUGGGUACCACGUUGAUUCCCACACCAGUGUGAUUGGUGUUCGAGAACUCGCGGCCAUGGGCUGUCAAUGUUUUGGUGAUGCCAAUGUAGACACUUGGAUCUCAGAGCUAGGCACAGCUCAGUCUACAAUCCCCAAGUUGUUUGCCUUUCCAGCUCAAUCAAACAUGAACGGUCGACGUCUCCCACUUCAGUGGUGCGGCCAAAUCCGUUCCGCUGCCAAUGAAGGAGGGAAUGUAUUCACCUUGCUUGAUGCCGCCUCGUUUCUAUCUACUGCUCCUCUUGACCUAAGUGAAGCAGCUACCGCACCGGAUUUUACGGCUCUCAGUUUUUACAAAAUCUUUGGGUUUCCUGAUUUGGGGGCUUUGAUUGUUCGAAAAAGCACUGCAUCCGUACUUGAGCGACGGAAGUUUUUUGGCGGGGGUACAGUGGAUAUGGUGAUUGCGGCCGGAGCGCAAUGGCAUGCCAAAAAGGAAACCUCAAUCCAUGAGCAGCUUGAGGACGGCACCCUUCCGUUCCACAGCAUUAUUGCACUUGACGCUGCCCUUGAGACGCACAAACGUCUGUACGGAUCAAUGUCGAAUAUAUCUGCGCAUACUGGGUUUCUCGCUCAGCGGGUCUAUGACCGACUCUCCGCAUUGAGACACUUCAACGGUACGAAGGUCUGUCGGAUUUACCAAUCAAGCUAUGGAAACUUCGCCCUCCAAGGCCCGAUUAUCGCUUUUAAUAUGAGAAAUAGUCACGGGGAGUGGAUCCCUAAGUCCAAAGUAGAGAAACUGGCAACGGUACGGAAUAUUCAACUGCGUUCUGGUUCAGUUUGCAACCCUGGAGGAACGGCCAUGUCUCUCGGAUGGGCAGGUGAAGACCUACGUCGUCAUUAUACCGGUGGCUUACGCUGCGGCGAUGACCAUGACGUGUUGGAUGGCCGGCCAACUGGCAUUUUGCGCGUUAGCAUAGGAGCAAUGACCAAUUUGAAGGAUAUAGAGUCACUCACAGACUUCAUCGAGGAGUUUUAUGUGGAAAGAUUCCCUCCUUUGGUUCCAUUGAGUCCUCAGAUGGAUGAGAAAAGCUUAGUCGCCCCUCAAUUUUAUGUUGAGAGUCUGACGAUAUUUCCCAUCAAAGGCUGUGCCGCCUUCAAGAUUCCUGAAGGCAAGCGUUGGGAGGUCAGAAAAGAAGGGCUUGCAUGGGACGGGGAAUGGUACCUUGUUCAUCUGGUGACCGGUUUUCCCUUGAAACAAAAAGAAUAUCCUCAGAUGGCUUCUAUAUAUCCGUUCCUUGAUAUGGAACGCGGCAUACUUCGCGUCACCUGCAGCCCCAAGGUCAUAAAUGGUCCAUUCAGCCUCGAAAUUCCACUUAUUUGGGACGCCAGAAGUGCUAGUGUUAUGAGUUCACCAGUGCGCUCGAGCUGUCGAAAAGGAGUCUCCAGUGCAUACGAGGAUAGCUCAUGUCUUCGUGCCUACGCAUCGCCGGUGGUCUCGGCAUUCUUUACAGAGCACCUAGGUGUAUCUUGUACCCUCGCGCGAAUCUCUUCACUUGGUGUAAACGUCGAUAUAAAGCCACCAAACCUGGCUAGUAUCUGGAAGAAUCGGUUCCGGAGGUUAGCUAACUUGAGGUCUUUUUCGCGUGCAGACCGAAUACCGCACCAAAAUUGUCAAAAAUAUGUGCUCGUAUCAAACGAAAUGUCUGUUUUGAUUGUAUUCAGGUCUUCAAUCAACUGCCUCAACGAAACAAUCAAAGUAAACACCAAGCAUACCUCUGGCGUGAGCAAGGCGAUCGGUGCAGACAUGUUUAAGAGCAACAUCGUUGUUGCUGAGCGGGUCUGUCCGUCAGCUCGUGCCGAACAACCCUAUGCCGAAGACCACUGGUCAUCUGUUCGCAUUGGGCAAGACCAGCUCUUAUUUGAUACCCUUGACCCUUGCCAGCGCUGUCAGAUGCUAUGCGCUGACCAGCUUACCGGAGCACAACGUAAUGAAAUCUUGGAUGCGCUGCCCAGGAUGCGAAAGGUCAAUGGGAGAGUCCAGUUCGGUAGAUAUGCGACAAUGUCGACAAAGGAUGGUGGGAACGCUGAGAGAAAUAUUCCAGCCAGCGGGACUAUUAUGGUGGGGGAUGUUGUGUUGCCAUCAAAUCAGAACAACUAG